AUGGGUCGCAGAAGGGCCAUCCUAUGGGCACUUUUCCCAUGCUGCAACCCCAAGAAAAAGGCCAAGACAAGAAAUAAGUUGGCCUCAUCCCAAGUCGUGGAAGCAGAGUGCCCGGAGGAGUUGGCAUGUCGACAGCUAAAAGCAUGCAGGGAGCAGCUUCUUAGAAGAGAAGCAGAAAUCUCGGAACUAAAAGCAGAAAGGAACAACACCAGGCUGCUGCUGGAACACCUGGAGCUCCUGGUUUCCCGGUACGUGCCGUCCCUCCAGAUGACGGUGGAGAGGCAUCAGGCGCGGUCCCCAGCCAGCAUGACCAGCGAGUUGGAGGUCCUCAGGGCACUGAGAUUGCUCUUCGAGCACCACAAGGCCCUGGACGAGAAGGUGCAGAGCCAGAGGGAGCAGGACUGGGAGUCCGCGCAGCAGACCCGCGUGGUGGCCACCAUGGCCCAGGACUUCGAGAGUGACGAGGAUGUGUCUGACGGCGAGGGCGACAGGGUCACCCUCUUCAGCUCGGCCGGUCAGCUGCCGCCCAGUGGGCAGGCCGAUGCCGACACUCUGCCUGUGAUGCCUCGGGAGCAGCUGGACACCAUCAGUGAGGAGACCCGGUGGCUCCAGGAGGAAAGGGAGAGCAUGGAGCAGCGGGCCGAGGAGACUGAGAGCAGGCUGCCAGCUUUAAUGGAAGAGGUAGAAGAUGACAAGACUGCCAUCCAAUGUGAAGCCUCGAGCCCUGCCUCGCCGCAGUCCCUUUGGCUGGACCGGCUGCACACGGGGGUGCUGCGCGCAGCCAGCCCAGAGGACGUCAGGGACACCUGCAAACCACCGCCUGCUGAGCUCCCGUCCUCAGCCAGGCAGCACUCGAUGGAGGGCACGUGUGGUCUCCUGUGCAGCAGCUCUCCUGCCACGGCCGGGGACGGCCACCCUGCAGAGGACGGCCCCGGGGGCAACCCCAGCAGCAGCACCAUCAGCCAGGACUCGCUGCACAAAGCCCCGAAGAAGGGCAUCAAGUCGUGCAUCGGCCGCUUGUUUGGAAAGAAGGAAAAGGGCCAGCCUGGACACCCGGCAAGGAGGCCUUAG